UCUCGCACGUUGUUCUCGGAGGUAAAGCGCCAUCUAGCGUUGUCAUCACAGAUCAAAAUGGCAGCGUCAACAGCACAGAAGGUCCAGGAGGUUCGUGAAGUGACAAGGAUCGAGCGGAUAGGAGCGCAUUCUCACAUCAGAGGUCUUGGUCUGGACGAUGCCUUGGAAGCGAGGAAUGUGUCCCAGGGUAUGGUGGGCCAGACGGCGGCCAGGAGAGCUGCAGGAGUCAUCCUAGAGAUGAUCAAGGAAGGUAAAAUAGCAGGACGAGCCGUUCUUAUUGCUGGUCAACCAGGUACCGGUAAAACAGCUAUAGCCAUGGGUAUGGCUCAAGCACUCGGUCAGGACACGCCAUUCACAGCUAUUGCCGGCAGUGAAAUCUUCUCACUUGAAAUGAGUAAAACAGAGGCUCUCACACAGGCUUUCAGAAGGUCCAUUGGCAUCAGGAUAAAAGAGGAGACAGAAAUCAUUGAGGGAGAAGUAGUUGAAAUUCAGAUUGAUAGGCCAGCCACAGGAACGGGUGCCAAGGUUGGGAAGUUAACUCUCAAGACUACAGAGAUGGAAACAGUUUACGACCUUGGAACUAAGAUGAUUGAAUCACUCACCAAAGAAAAGGUCCAAGCAGGGGACAUCAUCACAAUAGACAAGGCUACAGGUAAAAUCAAUAAACUUGGAAGAUCAUUCACAAGAGCCAGGGACUAUGAUGCCAUGGGACCACAGACCAAGUUCGUCCAGUGUCCCGAAGGUGAACUUCAGAAGAGGAAAGAGGUUGUUCACACGGUGACGUUACACGAGAUAGAUGUUAUCAACAGCCGUACGCAGGGAUUCCUUGCUCUGUUCUCAGGUGAUACUGGUGAGAUCAAACCAGAGGUCAGAGAGCAGAUCAAUGCUAAGGUUGCUGAAUGGAGAGAAGAAGGGAAAGCCGACAUUGUACCAGGGGUUCUAUUUAUUGAUGAAGUCCAUAUGUUGGAUAUUGAAAGUUUCUCCUUCUUGAAUCGAGCGUUGGAAGAUGACAUGGCACCCGUUCUUAUCAUGGCCACAAAUAGAGGUAUCACAAGAAUUCGAGGCACCAGCUACCAGAGUCCUCAUGGUAUCCCACUAGACUUGUUGGACAGGCUUCUCAUUAUCUCUACAUCAACGUACAGUGAGAAAGAAAUGAGACAGAUCCUAAACAUCAGAUGUGAAGAGGAGGAUGUUGACAUGUCUGAUGAUGCGUUGACCGUCCUAACAAGAAUUGGGCUUGAGACGUCGUUGAGAUACGCUAUUCAGCUUAUCACCGCAGCAAAUCUUGUCUCGAGAAAAAGAAAGGGUACAGAAGUCGAAGUAGAUGACAUCAAACGUGUGUAUUCACUUUUCUUGGAUGAAUCAAGAUCGACGCAGUUCUUGAAGGAAUAUCAGCAGGACUUCAUGUUUAAUGAAAUGGAAGCAGCUGGAGAUAAUGAUGACGAGAUGGAAACAUGAGAAUAUCUGUUACAGUCCCCUCCUUUUUGUCAACAAUCAUCUAUUUAUUCUCUUCAUGCCUCAGAGAAU